AUGCUUGGCAAACCAUUGCUGCAGCAACUUAUAUUACAUGCAGCUAUAUUAGCCCUUGGUGCUCCUGUACUGCUUUGUUUCACUGGACGCAACGGACAUAUUAUAUAUAUAUAUAUAUAUAUAUAUAUACAUUGCUCAUUAGUCAGAUUAUUUGAUUUCACUCGCAAGCUGUUGCUCGUGAUGCGGAGAGUCGGUGACUAUGAGAUUCUUGAUGUAGUAGGCGAAGGUGCGUACAGCAAGGUAAAACGAGUUCGCCACACUCCGACAGGAUGUAUGUUUGUGGCCAAGAUAGUACCCAAAACAAACCAGCAGGUUGAAAGUGAUGUUCGUCUUGAGAUUUCCGUUUUGCGGCGCUUGAAGCACAAGAACAUUGUUCAGCUCAUUGAGAUUCUGGAAAGUACGAACAAUUACUACAUUAUACUGGAACCUGUCAUGGGUGGUGAUCUGUGCGACAUCAUCGUAGGGAUGGAUCGGCCCCUGCCAGAGCAGGAUGUAGCAGCCCUGUUGAUUCAGCUGGUAGCGGGGGUGCGUGUAUGCCAUUGUAACGGGGUUGCGCAUCGUGACUUGAAGCCAGAGAACCUCCUUCUAGGAACAGAUGGCGUUUUGAAGAUCUCUGAUUUUGGCCUGAGCCGCCUCCACAGGGAAAGCAACUUCCAAGCAAGUACAAGUGAAUAUGCGCACACACUCACAGGCACUCUUGCAUACGUAGCGCCGGAGGUUUUCGGGGGCUCCUAUGAUGCGUUUCGCGCCGACAUUUGGUCGAUGGGGUGCAUUGCGUACGUCCUCUUGACGCAGAACUUUCCGUUCGGCUCCACCACCGAUCCUCACGCCUUGGAGUUUCGCAUUCGCAACGGAGAGGUUUCCAUAAUGCCGUCAUCUGUUAGUCCUGAGGCGAAGAACUUGUGCAAGUGGCUCUUGUCGCUGAGACCAGAGGAUCGACCAACGUUAGAUGCUGUAGCGCAGCACGACUUCUUCAAGAAGUAUCUACCUGCCGAGUAUCUUAGAAUGACAACAAGCCGAAAGUCACCGAUUGUGCAUGGUGCGAAUAUGAAUGAAUUCAGCUCCCAGGUUCAAGAAGAGACCCCAUCAUGUAGUCCGAGCACAUCAAGUACUAAGCAAAAGCAUCACCACCUUCGUAGCGGCAGUGCUGCGCGAAUCUCUCCCUCAGGCAGCGCGGUUGCUGGUGCGGCUAGCAGCAGUAACCACAGCAGCGAAAAUGGGAGGGAUCGUGAAGAUAUGGACGCCCAUGGCACUCACGUCGGGUCUGAUCUUGAGGGAUGA